AUGAUCGCAGAUCAUCUUUUCGAUGAAAGAAUCGGCAACACCUUAAUAUAUGAUAUGAAUCAAAUUCAACGUAAGAAUUCUAUCUACGAAAAGUCGCAAAAAGAUUAUGAACAAGAGCAGCGCGACCAGCUGGAUUCGCAGGAUGGCGACGUCUGCGAGAUCCAUGAUCAGUUCUAUCGCGACCACAAGUUGUUGCUGGUUCUUUUUCGUGCGUUGGCGGUCAUGCCAAUUACACGUUCGCGACCAGGUGCAAUAACAUUCAGCUGGACAUCAAGUGCAACAAUCUACGCAAUAUGCUUCUAUAUAUUAGCUACAAUUGUCGUCUUAAUGGUCGGCUACGAAAGAAUUUUGAUCUUUAGUUCGAUCCGCAAGUUCGACGACUACAUCUACGCGAUCCUGUUCAUUGUAUUCCUCAUCCCUCAUUUCUGGAUACCUUUCGUGGGUUGGGGUGUCGCUAGUCAGGUUGCCAUUUAUAAGACAAAUUGGGGAAAAUUCCAAGUCAGAUACUACCGAGUAACAGGCAAGAAUCUGCAGUUCCCAAAUCUAAAGAUCUCCAUAGUUAUUAUAAGUGUGGGCUGCCUCCUCCUGGCGGUCGGCUUCCUUAUGAGCCUCUGUGCUCUGUUAGACGGUUUUUUGCUGAAGCAUACGAUGGCGUAUUUUCAUAUUAUUACCAUGAUUAAUAUGAACUGCGCACUUUGGUACAUUAAUUGUAAAGCCAUUAAGAUUGCCUCACAGAGCCUCUCGGAUUGUUUUCGUAAGGACGUUGACGAAAACUGCACUGCCAGUGUGAUAUCGCGGUACCGCUUCCUUUGGCUGAACCUCUCCGAACAACUGCAACUCCUAGGAAACGCGUAUGCCAGAACUUACUCCACUUACUGCCUGUUUAUGUUCGUCAACAUAACGAUCGCAAUUUACGGUGGACUCUCGGAGAUAGUGGACCACGGGUUCGGGUUCAGCUUUAAGGAGAUGGGGCUUUUCGUGGAUACAGCCUACUGUUCUACAUUGCUUUUUAUUUUUGUCGACUGCUCGCAUCAAUCUACGCUCAAGGUAGCGGCCGGAGUUCAAGACACACUAUUAUCAAUAGACGUUCUAGCUGUCGAUAGACCUACACAGAAAGAGAUAGACCAUUUCAUCCAGGCAAUCGAGAUGAACCCAGCCGUCGUCAGCCUUAAGGGAUACGCCGACAUCAAUAGAGAGCUUCUUACAUCGGCGGUGGGUAUGAUUACAAUCUACCUACUCGUGCUUCUGCAGUUCAAGAUAUCUCUACCCAAAGAAAUUACGCCGUAA